UGAGGACUGUUUUGUAAAAACAUGCAGAAAUGGUUCAGUAUGCUCCAUGUCUGAGUGCAAGGAUUCACAUCCUGCUAUACCAGUGUGUGAAAAUCCAAACUCUCAAGCAGAGAAGAUUAAAGAUGGGUGUUGUUUCCAUUAUGAAUGUCCAUGUAAAUGCAUGGGCUGGGGAGAUUCGCAUUACGUGACUUUUGAUGGACAGUAUUAUGCUUUCCAAGGAAACUGCACAUAUGUGUUGGUCCAGGAGAUCAUCAAGAAACACAACUUCAGUGUCCACAUCAAGAACUAUUAUUGUAAUGAUGAUCAGAGCUUGGCUUGUCCUGAGAGUUUGACCAUAUACUAUAAAUCAUAUAAAAUCAGCUUGAUACAGACAAGAAACCCAACUGUGAACACAGUAUUGGUCAAUGAUGAAAAGAAGAACACAACUUUCUCUAAUGCAGACUUUACCAUCACCAGUACUGGGAUUAGGAUGAUUGUGACCAUUCCUGCUAUCAGUGCUGAGAUUAAUUUCGCAGGCAUGAACUUUUUAGUGACCCUACCAUCUUCUUUAUUCCACAACAACACUGAGGGACAGUGUGGUGUUUGUGACAACAACAGGAAAAAUGACUGCAGACUACCUAAUGGACAAAUUGGGUCAUGUGAGACAAUGGCAGGUGCUUGGAAAGUAAACGACACACACUGCCCCUUUAUACCUCCCACCAUAUCCCCAACCUCAACAACAGCUACCAAAACCACAAAUGCACCAUGUGACCCAGACAUCUGCAAAGUCAUCCUCAGCAAGGUGUUUGAAAAGUGCCACAACUUAUCGUCCCCCGAUCCUUUCUAUACGGCUUGUAAAUAUGAUGUAUGCCACAAGGGGAACUCCUCUGGCUGCUACAGUCUGGAGGCAUAUGCCAGCACAUGUGCUGAUGUGUCUGUAUGUGUGGACUGGAGGAAUUUAACCAAUGGACUUUGUGCAUACAAGUGUCCCAGCCAUAAAGUCUACAAGGCAUGUGGGCCCAAGGUGGAAGAAACCUGCAAUUCAAAGUACAAUGAGAAGUUUGUAGAUUGUAAGUCUCAGGUGUGUAAAGGAUUCAGGGAAGGAUGCUUCUGUUCUAACGGCACCACUCUGUUUAACACUGCUACAGACGUUUGUACACCCUUCUGUGGUUGUGUAGGUCCUGAUAGACUGCCUAGGCAGCCAGGAGACAAAUGGAAAAUAAACUGUGAAGAUUGUGAAUGCAGUGCUGAGAACAUGGGUCCAAUAUGUAAACCUGUCCAGUGUCCAAUCCUUGAACCCUGUAAGCAGGGCUAUGAGAUCAAAACAGAUGAUUGCUGUCCCAAGUGUGGGCCCAAGCCAGUCUGUGUCUCAAACAACACAGAAUACUUGCCUGGAGUUAAAGUUCCAGAUACAGACAACUGUAAGGACUGCAGCUGUGGUUCCACCGCGGACCCCAAGACUGGACUACGAGCUAUAGAAUGCUCUAUAGUGACCUGCAACAAAACCUGCCCUCAGGGCUUCAGCUAUGUACUCCACCCAGGGAAAUGCUGUGGAAGAUGUGUACAACAACAAUGUAUUUAUACAGGACCAAACAAAAAAGUAUACACUAUUGAGGUUGGAGAGAGCUUUAACCCUCCAAAUGAAAAGUGUGCAUAUAGCUAUAAUUGCACUAAAGUCAAUGAUGCAUUUACGUUGGUGGCAAACAAAUCUACAUGUCCAGCAUUUAACCCAGAAAACUGCGUAAAUGGCACCGUGACAACCACACCAGAUGGAUGUUGCAAAACUUGUGAGAUUCAGAACUGCCGUAUUCAGAAGAACAACACCUACCUGGUGGUCAAUAACUGCACAUCUGUACGUUCUGUGGAAAUAACCUCCUGCUCCGGCGCCUGUGACACCAGCUCAAUAUAUUCGAUGGCAGCUAACAUCAUGAUGCACCGGUGCUCCUGCUGUCAGGAGCUGCGUACCAGCAGCAAGCAGGUGGAGAUGAACUGUCCUGACCGGCGCCAGUUCACUCACACCUACACUUAUGUUGAAACGUGUGGCUGCCACCCUGCCACCAGAGGCCGUCCUGCGUUACCUCCUUCUCCUGUCAUGUCCCAGUCUGGCCACCAGAGGCCGUCCUGCGUUUCCUCCUUCUCCUGUCAUGUCCCAGUCUGGCCACCAGAGGUCCUCAUCACCAAAAUACUGGCCUGUUGCCAUGAUAACGUGCCACCCACCUGCUGUUUCCUCAUUAUCUGCUCCUUUAAAAAGUUCCUCGGGAUCAGCAGAGAGGAUUCAUGA